AUGCCACCCCGGCCGUCCUCCGGAGAGCUAUGGGGGCUCCACCUCAUGCCCCCCCGGAUCAUGGUGGACUGCUGCCUGCCCAACGGGAUGAUGGUCACCCUGGAAUGCCUGCGGGAGGCCACGCUCCGGGGCAUCAAGCAGGACCUCUUCAAGGAGGCCAGGAAGUAUCCGCUUUUCCACCUGCUGCAGGAGGAAUCGUCCUACAUCUUUGUGGGGGUCACCCAAGAAGCCGAACGGGAGGAAUUCUUCGACGAGUCUCGGCGUCUGUGUGACCUGCGCCUCUUCCAGCCGAUCCUGAAGGUGGUGGAGCCCAUGGGAAACCGGGAGGAGAAGAUCCUCAACCGGGAGAUCGGCUUUGCCAUCGGGAUGCCCAUCUGCGAAUUUGAGCUGGUGAAAGACCCCGAGGUGCAGGAAUUUCGGCGCAACAUCCUCUCCGUCUGCCGCGAGGCGGUGGAGACGAGAGGGUCAACGGGACCCCAAAGCCAGGCCUUGUACGUCUACCCCCCCAACGUGGAAUCCAGCCCUGACCUGCCCAAACACCUGUACAGCAAGUUGGACAAAGGUCGGAUCAUAGUGACCAUUUGGGUUAUUGUGUCCCCAAACAACGACAAACAGAAAUACACCCUCAAGACGCCCCACGAUGCGCUGCCCGAGCAGGUGAUCGCCGAGGCCAUCCGGAAGAAGACGCGCAGCAUGCACCUCUCGCCCGAACAGCUGCGCCUUUGCGUGCAGGAGUACCAGGGCAAGUACUUGCUCAAGGUCUGCGGCUGCGACGAGUAUUUGCUGGAGAAGUACCCCCUCAGCCAGUACAAGUACAUGAGGAACUGCAUCGCCAUCGGCCGCCUGCCCCACCUGAUGCUGAUGAGCAAGGAGAGCCUCUACAGCCAACUGCCGGCCAACGUCUUCGUGCUGCCCUCGUACGCGCGCCGGUCAGCCACCUCCUCGCACGUGAACGGAGACGUGCCCACCAAGUCCCUCUGGUCCAUCAACAGCCUCCUGCGCAUCAAGAUCCUGUGCGCCACCUACGUGAACGUGAACAUCAGGGACAUAGAUAAGAUCUAUGUCCGGACGGGAAUUUUCCACGGUGGCGAACCGCUUUGUGACAACGUCAACACUCAGCGCGUGCCGUGCUCGAACCCUCGGUGGAACGAAUGGCUUUCGUACGACAUCUACCUGACCGACCUGCCGCGUGCGGCUCGUCUUUGCGUGUCCAUCUGCUCCGUCAAGGGCCGGAAGGGGGCCAAAGAGGAGCACUGCCCCCUGGCCUGGGGCAACAUCAACCUCUUUGACUACAAGGACACCCUGGUGGGUGGCAAGAUGGCCCUCAACCUGUGGCCGGUCCCCCACGGCCUGGAGGACUUGCUGAAUCCCAUCGGAGUCGGGGGGUCCAAUCCAAACAAGGAGACCCCGUGCCUGGAACUGGAAUUCACCUGGUACAGCCACCCGGUGAAAUUUGCUGAUGGUGCCGAAAUCGAGGAACACGCCAACUGGGCCAUGUCGCGGGAGCUGGGCCUCAACUACUGUAUGGUGGGCUUGAGCAACCGCCUGGCCCGCGACAGCUCAUUGGACGAGAGCGAACUGGAGCAGCUACGCAAUGUCUGCAACCGGGACCCCCUGUCGGAGAUCACGGAGCAGGAGAAGGACUUCCUUUGGCGCCACCGGCACUACUGCCUUAACAUCCCGGAGACCCUGCCCAAGUUGCUGCUGUCCGUCAAGUGGAACUCGCGAGACGAGGUGGCCCAGAUGUACUGCCUCCUGCGGGAAUGGCCGCUGAUCAAGCCGGAGCUCUCCAUGGAGCUGCUGGACUGCAAUUUCCCGGAUCCGGUCAUCCGCGAGUUCGCCCUGAAGUGCCUGGUCAAGGGACUGACCGACGACAAGCUCUCCCAGUACCUCAUCCAGCUGGUGCAGGUCCUCAAAUACGAACAGUACCUGGACAAUCCCCUGGCCCGCUUCCUCACCAUGAAGGCCCUCACCAACCAGAGGAUCGGCCAUUUUUACUUCUGGCAUCUGAAGUCGGAAAUGCACAGCAAGCCGAUCUCCCAACGCUUCGGGCUGAUGCUGGAGGCCUUCUGCCGGGGCUGCGGGAUGUACCUGAAGCACCUGAACCGGCAGGUGGAGGCCAUGGAGAAGCUCAUCAAUCUGACCGACAUCCUGAAGCAAGAGAAGAAGGACGAGACCCAGAAGAUGCAGAUGAAGUUCCUGGUGGAGCAGAUGAGGCGGCCGGACUACAUGGAGGCCCUCCAGGGCUUCAUCUGCCCGCUCAACCCCGUCCACCAGCUGGGCAACCUCCGGCUGGACGAGUGCCGGAUCAUGUCCUCGGCCAAGCGUCCCUUGUGGCUCAACUGGGAGAAUCCGGACAUCAUGUCCGAACUGCUCUUCACAAACCACGAGAUCAUCUUUAAGAACGGAGACGGUGAGCGGCUGAACCAGCUCUUCCACAUUGACUUCGGACACUUCCUGGACCACAAGAAAAAGAAAUUUGGGUACAAACGGGAGCGCGUGCCCUUCGUCCUGACCCAGGACUUCCUCAUCGUCAUCAGCAAAGGGGUGCAGGAGUGCACCAAGACCAAAGAAUUCGAGAGGUUCCAGGAGAUGUGCUACAAGGCCUAUCUGACCAUCCGCCAGCACGCCAACCUGCUCAUCAAUCUCUUCUCCAUGAUGCUGGGCAGCGGGCUUCCGGAGCUGCAGUCCUUCGACGACGUGGCCUACCUGCGGAAGACCCUGGCGCUGGACAAGACGGAGCAGGAGGCCCUGGAGUACUUCACCAAGCAGAUGAACGAGGCCCACCACGGCGGAUGGACCACCAAGAUGGACUGGAUCUUCCACACCAUCCGGCACAUGCCGCUGAACGAGGCCAGCCACGACUGACCCACCGUCCAGGGAGGGUGGUGUGGACCCUCGCUCGGGCAGGGGCGGCCC